AUGACGGGUCGUCCCAGGGGCCGUUCCAGGGGCCGUCCCAGGGGACGUGGGGGAAUCACCAGGGCCACUGCGCGUGAAAGCGACGGACGCGGCAAGGAGGCAGACGAUGCCGUGUCCAUCUCGUCCAGUUCGCCCACGGAUCCAAGCGGGGGUUCGUCGUCGGAUGAGGGCAACAGCCACAACCAGACCAAGUCGUCCGAGAAGAAGUCUGCAAGGCGAAGCAGACGACUGAAGGAAACGGGUGGACAACCGGCUGGCGAGGUCGACGACGAUGACGACGCCGAUGCUGGCGAAAACGACGGCGACGGCGACCAUGGCGCCGGUUCGUCCAAGAAGAGAAAGGGCGCAGAGAAGUCCGAAAGGCCGGCAAAGCGAGCGAAGGGCAAGGCCCGGACUCGUACGAGCAAAGGCAUAUGGGAGCAGAUGGAAGAGCGCUGGAAGGAGGAUAACAUUCCGGGCGCGGUCAAGAGGUUCCUGAAUAAGAAGUACCCGCUGAAGACGCUUCAAGAGCUCGACGAGAUUCUUCCUGAGGACGUCGUCUAUGACGAGGACUGGGACACCGAGGACGAGCAGCAUCUGCAGUCCACGUGGGAGGAUGAUCCCGAACGGACCUCGCUAGUGGAAUGGAAGAAAACCGCGGACAGGCCUCAUCACCUUGGGAAGCUCUUCAAGGUCUGCGUACGCAUUUUCAGCUGCACGCCACAGCAACUCAUUUCCAGGGCUAACCACCUCGUGUUCGACACUGUCAACAACCACACUUUCGGGUACUUGAACGAGGACGAAGUCUUGACGAGGAGGCGCACGUCGGCGUGGUCGGUGGGCUUCUGCGAAUCGCUGACUCAGCUGAUCUUUCAUCCCCUUUUUCAGCGCAACGCCAAGCUCCUCGUGGUUGCGCUGCAAUACGCGGUCAUGCUCAGGGUGAGAGAGCUCCAGGACUGGCCGUUGGUGAAUCCGACCGGGGAGACAUUCUUCGACGCGCUCAUAGACGUCAUCCACGAAAGCCGCGGUCGCAACGAGCACCCAAAGAGGCUGCGGAGGAGAGCUGUGGUUGCUCUCAGGGCCGACGGUAAGACGCCGCCAUUCUUCGAGCAGUUCAUGCGUCGCCUCGAAGAGGGCAUCGACAGUUCUGAAUUCCAGGACGACCAGCCCGGUGGCAAGCUCACACGGCCUUACAGGAUAAACGCAACGGAUCUGACCAACAUCAAGAACGCGCUGGAGUGCAUGACACACGCGGGGAUGCCAUUGUGGGCGCUGACCGUCAAGCUUUACGACGCAUAUGGGACCAAGGGCAGGAACAGCGAGGCCGAGGUACCGACGGGCAAGCAGCUCAGUAAGUAUUACGAGCGCGACAUUCUCGCCACACGUCGGUACAGGGCAAAGGAGAACAACCGGCUAGAGCGCAUCGCGAAGCAGUCGCCCGACGACCAUCCACCUCCUGAUCAUAUCAAGCAGUUCCUGUCGCGCACCGAUGUCGCUGAGCUCCGCGCCGGCCAUAUACAAACCGAUGCCAGUCUGCGAGACGAGAUACUGCGGCUCAGGGGCGAGGUUUGCGCGCUCAAGGCAGAGCUCAAGUCUCGCGAUGGCGGGGACCUUGUCGAGGAGAGUCACGGUGCCGCCCAAGGGAAGGAUGGACAGGACGGUGUUGGGGGCGGGAAUGACUCAGACAAGCACGACAUUUUCUCUGAGAGCUAUGUUCCCAGAGAGGAUGAAGAGUACACCGAGACUGGUGAAGGUCAGGAGCUUCACGACGAAGACAGUCGUAGCGAUAUUCGCUACAGCGAGGAUCCUUCUGAGAUGGGGGAUUCCAGUGGGGACAAUGGGCUUCUCGGAAAGGGUAAAGAGCUUCGCGAGGCUGGUGAGGAUCAAGAGCUUCACGACGAAGACAAUCGUAGCGAUAUUCGCGACAGCGAGGGGCCUUCCGGGAUGGGGGAGUCCAACGGGGACGAUAGGCUUCCCAGAAAGGGUAAAGAGCUUCGCGAGGCUGGUGAGGGUCAAGAGCUUCACAGCAAGGGCAAGCCUAGCGAGAUUCGCGACAGCGAGGGGCCUUCCGGGAUGAGAGAGCCCAUCAGGGAGGUGAAGCUUCGCGACAUUCGCGGAAGCGAAGGGCUGUCGAACCAUGGCGACUCGACGAGUGCGCAAAGUCCCAGCCUGUCUGCGCUCCCGGGUACCCCCUCGCCGGCCACAUGCCUAGGAACCGAGAAGUCCUGGAGACUCCAUCGCAAAAUGGUAGCUAAGCCACAGUACCAGGCGGGUGGGCCGACCAACCGACUAAACAUGCUCGGGACCGCUGUGCCAUACCAAAGAGCCCGCCCCAUGAUACCUUUGCGUCCCAGAUAG